CUAAGCUGUGGAAGCCGAUCUCUCCAUCUACAGAGACUGCAUUAUGUUCCUACCGGGAAUCAAUGGAGAAAGCUAGAAUCUUAUGACCCUUCAGGGUUCCCAGCUCCCAUUUCCACCUCCUCUCUGGUAUAUAACUGCAAAGGAGAAGUAAGAGGGGUUCGAGGUGGAACUCAGUUCGUUCUCCAUGGAACUCCAAAGCAGUAGUUCCAUGACAGCAGUUUCCAAGUUUGCCACCUACGAGUUCAACCCAACAUCGGCAUAAUGGACUUUAUUACCAUUGCUCAGUAGGUCCUUCCCACUUUGGGUAUAUGUUUUAAUUGUUUCUGUACUAUGAGU